CCCACUCACAUGCCAAUUAGGGGGUUUCACGAUCAUUCCUCAUUAGCCGACAAGACGGGGCGCGUGGCAGUGCAAUACCCCAUAUUUUGGCUGAGGAACCCUCCGAGUAGACAUGCCCACGGUUCUGGAACCGCCGGUUCCGGUUUUGAAAAUUGUUGAAUCGGUAUCGAAUCGCGAGAGUGUUUCGCGGUUCCGGUUUGGAUUUCAAAAUCGCCGGUUUUUCACGGUUCCGAACCACUGGUUUCCGGCGGUGUUGGCUCGGUUUCACGGUUUUUCGCGGUCCGGUCUGGAACCGCCCGGAACUAGCGGUACCGGCACGGUUUCGGUUCCGAGAUUUUAGAACCUAAACCGAACAACGGUCAGGAACCGCAGGUUAGGGUAUCAAAUUGGGUGUGAUUGCGAAAUUGGGGGCGGAAUCGAAAUGAGCUUCACCUCCAGCUCCACCUCCACCUCCAGCUCCACCGCCAUAACUGAUCUGAGUGUGGAUUGUUUGGGUCACUGCGCGAGUUACCUCAGCCUCCGAGAUGUCUCAAACAUCUCCAUGUCCUGCAAAUACCUCAAUCGAGCCGCUUACUCCGAUUCCAUAUGGCAAUCACUCUUCAGGCGAGAGUGGCCGCAUGUUGUGCGCCAAGCAGAAUCCAGCUAUAGAGAAGCAUAUCUCCGUAGGCACACUGCAUUGAACCAGUUUAGAUAUGCUGAUCCUCUGCUUUUUGAAUCUUAUUUUCCUGGAAAUCCAUCACAUUCACACCAUUUACUGUUUUACAAAAACGACAUUAUAUUCUCCCAGGGUCCAUCACUAUACUCCUUGAGGACUGAUGAGCUUGUGCAUGAAGCUACUUCUAUACCACCACAAGGCUUCUGUUUUCAAGUUUGCGGUAACCAUAAUGCAAGAGUUACUUCUAUCAGAUUGUAUUCUCGUGCAGAGGCAAAUAUGUGUCAAAAUGAGUCCGAACGAGAUGAUAAUAUUCUGUUGACAUCAAGCAGUGACCAUACAAUUCGCCUGUGGUCAAAGGGAGGGAACCGAUGCUUCAAAGGUCAUACUGGCCCAGUGCUCGCCCUCUCGGAUAAACUAUUGGGCGGCAGUGUUGGGAACAUAUUCGCUAGUGGAGGUGAAGAUGGUACAGUUCGCCUUUGGUCUAUCAACUCAUCUGGAAAUCGAGGCCAGCAAGCUCUGAAGGCCACACUUUAUGGGCAUGAAAAGGCUGUGCCAUUUAUGUCAGUGGCUGGGCACAAAGCAUCCCUGUUGGUCAGCAUUUCAAAGGACGGAAAGGUUAGGGCCUGGGACACUACGACAGCAUCGUCUUCUAGUCGUACCUCGUGUUGUGUGGGAAUGACUUCUGUACCUGCUGCACCUGUGGGUAUAAGAUGCCAUGAAUCACUUCUGUAUGUAGCUGCUGGGCCUUCUGUAACAGCAGUUGAUUUGAGAACAAUGUGUAAAGCAUUCACAGUAUCCCAGCAAGUAAAAAUACAUUCAUUUGAAUUGUUGCCUUCAAAAUCUCUACUCUGUGUCGGUUCCACUAGCAGAGGAAAUCUAUGGGAUAUCAGGAGAGUUUCGGAUUCGGGUAAAGUAGCACCAACUACUGAACUGAACGGACAUGCUGGCCCUAUAAAGCACAUACACAUGGAUUCGUACAAAAUCGUGACAGGUGGACCAGAUGAUGAGUGUGUUAAUGUUUGGGAUGUCGAUACUGGCAGACAGACAAAUUCGUUGCUUUGUUCUGCUCCAGAUAGAGAACCAGUGUAUGGAUGCUCAGCACUGGCUGUUGAUGGGUGUAGAAUCGUUACUGCUGGUGCUGUGAGCCCAGAAUCGACCGCAGUCCUCAUCAGGGACUUCAAGAAUGCUACAAACUAUCUGAGUGAACCUGCUGCAGCAAGUUCUGCUGUUUCCAAAUUCUGGGAUCCUCAGUCUGGUGAUGCUAGUUUGGAACGAGUAGAUUGGGAAGAGUGAAUGUGGAAUUUUUCGGAUUUCUUUAGUAAUGUGAGCCCAAUUUUAGACUGUAAAUGCUGUAUUUUUGUCUCAUGCAAUCAAAUAAUAGCUCUUUGCAUUGCACUUA